UUGCUAGGUUUACCUGCUAUAAAUACCUCCUACCGUAUGCUUCUUGGUACCAUAGUGCAACCAAGUAUCAUCUACUUGUGUUCUGUGUGAUUCAUUGCUUUUCAUUUUGAAAUGGCAGACGAGUAUGAUCGCAGCAGCUAUGGAAGGUCUGGUGCAAAUGAUGAUGAAGGCGGGUACAGCAAGACUAGCGAGGAAGACUAUGGCCGUGGUACUGGUGGGUUCAACAAAUCCAGCAAUGACAACAAUGAUGGCGAGUAUAAGAACUCCAACACCAACGACUAUGGUGGCAGUGGUGGCUACAACAAGUCGGGCAUGGAUGGUGCCAGUGGUGGCCUGAAAAAAUCUAGCACCGAUGACUACGGUGCCAGUGACGGCUACAACAAAACUAGUACCGAUGAUUACAGUGCCAGUGGUGACUACAACAAGUCCAGCACAGACGAUUUCAGUGGCGGUCACAACAAAUCUAGCACCGAUGAUUACAGCGGCGGCGGCUACAACAAACCCAGCGCUGGUGGCUAUGACAGUGGAUACAAGAACUCCAGCACCGAGGAUGGCUAUGGCGGAAGCGGCUACAAGAAAUCAAGCACUGAGGAGGACUCCUACGCCAAAUCGACCACCGAGGAGUCUGCCUACGACAAAUCAAGCAUCGAAGACUAUGGCAGCGGCAAGAACACCUCCAACACUGAUGACUACAGUGGCAGUGGGUACAACAAGUCCACCACUGAUGACUAUGGCGGCAGUGGCUACAACAAGCCAGGCGCUGAUGAGUACAGUGGUGGCUACAACAAGUCCAGCACCGAUGAGUAUACUGCCGGGACUGGCAAGACCGGCUCUGACGAUUACCAAGUGUACUGUUUUCUCUCUCAAAGUCUCAGACCCGAUCGAACGAACGAACUUGAGAUGGCUGACGAGUACGGCCGCAGCGGCGCCUACGGCAGGUCCGGCACCGACGACUACGAGACCGGGUACAAGAAGUCCGGCACCGACGAUUACGACGGCAGCGGCGCCGGCGGGUACAACAAGUCUGCCGGAGACGACGAGUACAGCGGCGGCGCCGGGUACAAGAAGUCAGGCGCCGGCGCCGACGACUACGAUGGUGGCUACAAAAAGUCCACCCACGAGGACUACGGCCGCAACAAGUCCGCCACCGACGACUACGACCGGAGCGGCGCCGGCGGAUACAAGAAGUCCAGCGGCGACGACGAGUACAGUGGCGGCGGGUACAAGAAGUCCGGUGGCGACGAGGAGUACAAGAAGUCUACCGGCGACGACGACGAGUACAGCGGCGGCGGUUACAAGAAGUCCACCCCCGGCGGCGACGACGACGAGUCCGACAAGUACAGGAAGGAGGAGAAGGAGCACAAGCGUAAGGAGCAUCUCGGCGAGAUGGGCACCCUCGCCGCCGGCGCCUUCGCCAUGUACGAGAAGCACCAGGCGAAGAAGGACCCGGAGAACGCGCACAGGCACAAGAUCGAGGAGGAAGUCGCCGCGGUGGCGGCCGUGGGCAGCGGCGGCUACGCGUUCCACGAGCACCACGAGAAGAAGGAGUCCAGGGAGGACGCCGAGGAGGACGAGGAGUCCGGCCGCGGGGAGGGGAAGAAGAAGCACCACUUCUUCGGCUAGCUUUUGCUGCUAGCUGAUGGAUCUGUGCCUUGCGCGCGCGCGUUUCUCUCAAAUAAGAGCCAGGGUUUUUUGUGCGUAUUGGGCUCAGUAUUUGUACGUUUCGGCAUGUGUGUUGCUCCCGCGUGCAUAUAUGUUGUGCCGUUGUGCGUUGUGCGGAGUAUUCAGGUUGUGUGUAGUGUGCCUGCGCGUGUAACUACUGUACGUCGUGCACUCGUGCUCUCCCGCGCGUACAUAUACGUACGUGUUUUAUUUCCCCCGUGGAACAUUAUGUAAUAAUAAUAUAACUGCAUACUGGCAUGCGCCUCAGCAGAAUCCUACCUACAUAUACAUCA